UGUAAGCUCUAUACGGCACGAUGGCGUGCCUCAAGCAGCUGGGCUGGCGCUCGAGUAGAAAAAGAAGUCGCAGCGCAGCCUGAAACUACACCAUUACAACUUAACACAGUCUUUCUCUCCAUCCAGUCAUCUCAUCAAUCAAUCAUGACUCCAAUUGCCAUUGACCCAGCAAUCAAAGAUGUCGAAGAACCGCGAAAGGAUACUCUAGGAAUUCCUGAUGCUGCUCGUCAACGAUUGGAAAAGGCUGGAAUUGAUCUUUCCGCUGGAUACCCUUACCGUCCUCUGAAACCGCUUUACCUGGAUGACGUGUACAACAUCCGGAGCAAAGAUCGCGAAUACGUCGAUGCUGGAUCCAGAGCUGACCCGGAGAAGAAGGCUCUACUAUCAGCAGCAUCAGAAGUCAUUCAUCUUACCAACUACAUCGGUACCGAGAUCCGUGGCCUGCAGCUGAAAGACUUGACGGAUCAGCAAAAAGAUGAAUUGGCUUUGCUGAUUGCUGAACGUAGCGUAGUGUUCUUCCGGGAUCAGGACAUCACUCCACAGCAGCAGCGUGAGCUCGGCGAAUACUAUGGAGAAGUUGAGGUUCACCCUCAAGUGGCCCAGGUACCUGGCGUCGUUGGUGUCACCGUUAUUUGGCCUGACUUACAAGCCACUGAAAGGGCGGCGAAUUUCCGCAAUCCGGGUGGUGCUUCAAGAUGGCACACAGACCUAGUGCAUGAGCAUCAACCCGCAGGUAUAACCCACUUGCACAACGACACUGUGCCAACCGUUGGUGGAGAUACACUUUGGGCAUCUGGUUACGCAGCGUACGAAAAGCUCUCUCCGGCUUUUCGGAAACUCAUUGACGGCAAGACCGCCAUUUACCGAUCGGCUCAUCCAUAUCUAGCACGCAGCAAAGAACACGAAGGCCCUAAGUAUGUUGAGCGUGAGCACCCGCUUGUACGUGUGCACCCGGCAACCGGCUGGAAAGCUCUUUGGGUUAAUCGCGCGAUGACUGACCGUAUUGUCGGUUUUGACAAACCUGAGAGUGACGUGAUUCUGGGCUACUUGUGCGAUGUGUAUGAACGAAACGUGGACAUCCAGGUACGAUUCAAGUGGACACCACGGACGUCUGCUCUCUGGGAUAAUCGUAUCACGAUCCACAAUGCUAGUUGGGAUUAUGCAGGAAGCGAGCCUCGUCACGGAACAAGGGUAACAUCGCUUGCUGAGAAGCCUUUCUUCAAGGCGGAUGCACCGACGAGAAGAGAAGCUCUGGGCCUGCUCGGCGACGACGAGAAGAAGGAGUUGGCAUCGGCCUAAACCAGAAGCGCCUUAGCAAACAAUCUGAGCUACAACGCUGUCUCUAUAAGCAAAUAACAAUUCAGUGUUUUUAACAAC